AUGAUGCCAUCCCCCGCCGCCAGCCGCUCUUCGCCCUCUCCCUCGCUCGAGUCAACGACGAACUUCACCGACGCCGAAUCUGAGUCUGUCGAGGCACAUACCGACUCCAUGGAAAGAGAUGACGGAAUAGUCGUAUCAUCCACGCACGUGCCGACUAGGGUGCCAGUUGGCGAUCCCCUGCUGCCUGGACCGACCAUAACCGCGAACACCGCUGUGCCCGUUAUCGACGCAACGGCUCUAGAUAACCGCGGCAUCAAUGCGAACGAACAGCGUGAGGCGACGCGCAUCGCGAGUCUAGAGGCGCUAGGGAAAAGGCACGAGCGCUACUUCUUCACGGCCGAUUUCCUCGCGUUUAUUGUUGAAGGAAGUGUGUAUCGUGUUCACGAAUACCUAUUCGUCGAUCUUUCCCCUCUCUGGGCGGAAAAGCUUGCGAGGCCUGACCGCACUGCCGACCCUAUUCGGUUGGCGGACGUGUCUAGGCAAGAGAUGGACGCAUUUCUGUCGACUCUAUACCCCACGAGAGAACAAAACGACGCUUGCCACCUGUACGCGUACUGGUCUGCCGUGUUGCGGCUUGCCACCAUGUGGAAGUUCGACAAACAGCGCGAGCUUGCCAUCGACGCCCUCGAAGAGAUAGCGAGCCCAAUGGGGAAGCUCAUCUUGGCUCGUCGCUACGAUGUCGAAGUCUGGCUUCAGCCCGCCUUCAUUGCGCUCUGUAUGCGCCCUGCUACAUUGAGCCUGAGUGAGGCCAAGCAUCUGCCCUUGCAGGAUGUCCUUCACAUCACUUCGGCCCGCGAGGUGCUGAUGAUCAAUGCGGAGGAUGCUCCGACAGUGGAAGAGGUCUCCGACUACGUUGGCCAGCACAUACUUGGGCUGCAGUCCACGGACGCCCAUCCGUUGCGCGGAGCGGCCAAUACAUCUCCAAAUGCCGUUGGGUCUGACGAACAUAGCAUGGAACCCUCGCCGAUAGCUCUCACUCUCUCUGAGAAUCCCACCGUCGAUGAGAAACGAGCUUUCGUCGCUCUUUUUGCACAAAAAAACUUCAAGGUGGCAUUGAGAGCUGUGACAUCUCGCAACGUCAGGGCGUUCCUCGAGCUACUGAAAGAUUUCAGUGCUGUGCUCAGUAGCCCGACGUUCUUUACGCUCGACCUCCUUCCCGAAUUGGUCAAUCGCGCCGCAUUCAGCAUACCAGACGGCAUUAUUGUUGUCGAUUUACUCAAGGCGAUACACCUCAGCCUUGCGGUUGAAGGCGAUGAUGGGACCAUGAAACGGACUCUGACGCAGAGCACGCUGCGGGAAGUCAUCCAAGAUUUCGUGGCUGGCGUGUACACCUUUGUAGAGGGUCUCAAUGAGGCAUGUAGCAAGCAUGCAGACUUCGCCUUAGGAUACGCUCAUAUCGCAUUGACUACCCGUAACAGCUUGCUCAGUGAUGCAUUCGGGUUUGGUAAGACUGUCACGAACGAUGACCGCUCGUCGUUCAAUCAUAGAUGUCAUCGUCUGCAAGCCUUCUUUUCUGCCCUUGUUGGGGCUGAACUGCUUGCUGAAGACCAGCUGGGCGAUCUGGGCUUGGCAUGA